AUGAUGUCCAUGAACAGCAAGCAGGCGUUCAGCAUGCACCCGAUCCUGCACGAGCCCAAGUACGCGCACCUGCACUCCAGCUCCGAGGCCAUCCGCAGGGCUUGCCUGCCCGCCCCCCAGCUGCAAAGCAACUUCUUCGCCGGCCUGGAUGAGACGCUGCUGCGCGGGGCCGAGGCGCUGGCGGCGGUGGACAUCGUGCCGCAGAAGAGCCACCCGUUCAAGCCGGACGCCACGUACCACACGAUGAGCAGCGUCUCGGUGGCCUGCACGCCCACCUCGUCCUCCGUGCACCUGCACCACCCGUCGGUGCUGGCGGGCCACCACGCGCACGCGCACCACGCGCACCACGCGCACCACCAGCCGGCGCAGGGCCUGGACGGAGAGCUCCUGGAGCACCUCAGCUCCGCCCUGCCGCUGCCCGACGUGGGCGCCGCGCCCGCGCACCCGCACCCGCACGCGCACGCGCACCCGCACCUGCCGGCGCUCAACGCCAUGGGCCCGCCGGCGCACGGGCAGCCGCCCAUGCCCAUGGGCCACCACCCGGCGCACGGGCUGGCCUCGCACACGGUCCUGGCCGCGGGCGGCGGCGGCGGCGGCGGCCCGGAGGCCGAGACGGACCCGCGCGAGCUGGAGUCCUUCGCGGAGCGCUUCAAGCAGAGGCGCAUCAAGCUGGGCGUGACGCAGGCCGACGUGGGCUCGGCGCUGGCCAACCUCAAGAUCCCCGGCGUGGGCUGCCUGAGCCAGAGCACCAUCUGCCGCUUCGAGUCGCUCACGCUGUCGCACAACAACAUGGUGGCCCUCAAGCCCAUCCUGGAGGCCUGGCUGGAGGAGGCCGAGCGGGCGCAGCGCGAGAAGAUGGCCAAGCCCGAGGUCUACUCGGCGGGCGACAAGAAGCGCAAGCGCACGUCCAUCGCCGCGCCCGAGAAGCGCUCGCUCGAAGCCUACUUCGCCGUCCAGCCGCGGCCCUCGUCGGAGAAGAUCGCCGCCAUCGCCGAGAAGCUCGACCUCAAGAAGAACGUGGUGCGGGUCUGGUUUUGCAACCAGAGACAGAAGCAGAAGCGCAUGAAAUUCUCCGCCGCUUAUUGA